AGUUUCCUUUUCCUCUUCCUUUUCCUUCUUGUUAUCCAUGAAGCCAGUAUCCAGUCAAGUACAUGAGGCCUUCGGUAAGGCGUUGAGGUCCACCAUACCCUCGAACUUACAGGCAUCUUGUCCGGAUCCGAUGGUCGCUACUGCCAAUCCUAAAUUUGGGGAUUAUCAAUGCAACAACGCCAUGGGGUUGGCGAAGAAGUUCAAGUCAGAACUUCCUGAUGGAAUGAAAAUUCCAAAGCAAAUCGGCGAGAAGAUCAAAUCCAAUUUGAUGGAAGAAUCUCCUGAGGAAUUCGAAAGUGUCACCGUCGCCCCCGCUGGUUUUGUUACGGUCAAACUCUCCUCUGGCUGGAUCGCCAAGCAGUUGACAUCAAGUGUUCUCGGAGAAUGCAAAGAUGGUAAAGUUACUUUGGAUUUGCCGAAUAAGGAAGCCCCGAGGAAGGUCAUCGUUGACAUGUCUAGUCCGAACAUCGCCAAGGAAAUGCAUGUCGGACAUUUGAGGAGUACCAUCCUCGGCGAGACCGUCAGUCGAAUACUCGAAUACUCCGGAAAUGAUGUUCAUCGUAUUAAUCAUGUCGGCGAUUGGGGUACUCAAUUUGGUAUGUUGAUUGAACACAUGAAGGAUGCUUAUCCUGACUUCCUCCAUCACACCCCGGAAGUCUCCGAUCUUCAGACCUUCUACAAGGCCGCUAAGAAACGUUUUGACGAGGAGCCCGAUUUCAAGAAGCGUUCUCAAGAAGAAGUCGUCGCCCUCCAGUCGGGCGAUGAAUACGCGAGGAAGGCCUGGCAGAUUUGCUGUGACAUUUCGAGGAAGAGUUUCGAAGAGGUGUAUAAUCGUCUUGGCAUUGAAGGGUUGAAGGAACAAGGCGAAAGUUUCUACAACGAAAUGAUCGGACCGACUGUGGAGACGUUGGAGAAGGAGGGCCUCGUGGUCGAGUCAAACGGCGCGAAGUGUAUCUUCACUGAUGUUGAUGAUGUGCCGAUGAUGGUCGUUAAGAGUGAUGGUGGUUACGGCUAUGAUAGUACUGAUGUGACGGCGGUGUGGUAUCGAUUAACUCAACUACACGCUGAUGAAGUUGUUUAUAUUACCGACCUCGGACAAGAAGUUCAUUUCAAGAAGCUCUUUGAAGUCGCCAAGAUGGCCGGUUGGCAUCAUCCUCCUCAAACUAAACUCGAAUACCUCGGCUUUGGUGUUGUCUGUGGUGAUGAUGGCAAAAAAUUCAAAACUCGAUCGGGCGCCACUGUGAAGUUGACUGACCUUCUCGAUGAGGCCGAGGACAGAGCGAAGAAGGAAUUGGAGUCGAGACUUAACGCGGGUGAAGGGGAGGCGGCCGGACGAUCGACCGGACUCACCGAGGAAGAAUUCGAUAGAGCAUCGAAGAUUAUUGGUGUUGCAUCUGUUCGAUACUUUGACUUACGCCAAAACAGAACUACCAAUUAUAUAUUUAACUUCGACAAGAUGCUCGACCCGAAGGGCAACACUGCGGUCUUCCUCCUCUACGCAUAUGCCAGAAUCUGCAGUAUCCUUAGGAAGGCCAAUUUCGAUUACCAUUCCGGGCUCGACUACUCCUCUGAAGAGGUCACCAUCACUGAGGAGAAGGAGCGGGCCUUGGCUUUGGAGAUCCUCCGCUUCGCUGAAGUGAUGCAAUCCGUCUUGGCCGAUCUCCAGUGCCAUCGACUUUGUGAGUACAUGUGGGAUCUCACUAACAGGUUCACCGCCUUCUACACCGAAUGCAAGGUUGUUGGAUCGGAUCAGGAGCGUUCUCGACUUCUUCUGUGUGAGGCCACCAGACGUGUUUUAGCCCAGUGUUUCGACAUCCUCGAUAUCACACCUCUCGAGAGGAUCUAAGUUUCCACAUCGUCCCUCAAGUCACUGCCGUGAUGACGUUACACUUC